AUGAGAGCUAGAGUUCAUCAUUAUGUGGAUGGUUUUGGGGAUCGUCUGAUUAGAGACUGUAGGGUGGAAUCCCUAUCGGAUGAUGUAGAUAUUUCUCGCAUACAGGCUUUCGCUCAGACUACAGAGGACCUUUCCCGUCGGAUUCGUGAUACUCGUAGGGAUAGGGAGCAGAGUAAGAGGGCUCGUACUAUGGGGUCUUAUAGGGAGCCGCAGAGUGAUUUUAGGCCCCCACUCCAUCGAUAUCCACCUCGGUCAGCAAGUAGUUUCCCACCACAGAUGCAGGGCCAACGGUUUGAUCGUUAUAUUCAGUCAGGGUCGGUGCACAGCUCAGGUCCACAAUCUACUCAGGGUCGUGGUAGGGGGAGAGGUGGAGGAGACACCUCGGGUUCUAGUGGUGGCCAGAACCGCUUUUAUGCACUCACAUGCCGACAGGAUUCAGAGGCAUCCCCAGAUGUUGUCACAGAUCCUGGCUCUACAUUUUCAUAUAUUACUCCAUUUAUUGGUGGUAAGCUUGACAUGAGAUCUGAGUUGUUGCCAAAGUCAGUUGAGGUGUCUACGCCAGUUGGCGACUCUAUUAUAGCUAAUCAUGUCUAUCGAGGUUGUACAAUGUUAAUUAAUGAACGUCCAACCUCCAUUGAUUUAGUUGAAUUGGUUAUGCUAGACUUGGAUGUCAUUAUGGGUAUGGAUUGGUUGGCAGCUUGUUAUGCUAAUAUUGAUUGUCGUGCAAAGGUGGUUCGAUUUCAUUUUGCUGGUGAGCCUGUCCUUGAAUGGAAAGGUAAUGCAGCCACGCCCAAGGGUAAGUUUAUUUCAUACCUUAGGGCUCAGAAGUUUAUUACUAAAGGUUGUAUAUACCAUCUGGUUCAUGUCAGGGAUAUAGAUAAGGAGCCAGUGACUCUUCAGUCGGUUCCUAUUGUGAAUGAAUUCCCGACGGUAUUCCCUGACGAGCUUCCAGGAAUUCCCCCCGAAACGGAAAUCGAUUUUGCUAUAGAUUUGCUUCCCGAUACGCAGCCUAUAUCCAUUCCUCCCUACAGAAUGGCUCCUGCAGAGUUAAGGGAAUUGAAGGAACAACUGAAGGACUUGCUUGACAAGGGCUUUAUAAGGCCAAGUACAUCCCCAUGGGGUGCUCUUUGUUCGAAAGAAAUAUGGCUCCUUGCGGAUUUACAAGGUGCCAAAUGCUUUUCGAAGAUCGACUUGCGAUCCGGUUAUCAUCAGCUACGAGUAAGGGAUAUUGAUAUACCAAAAACAACAUUUAGGAUGAGGUAUGGCCAUUUUGAAUUCCUUGUCAUUUCUUUCGGGCUUACAAAUGCCCCAGCACCCUUUAUGGAUCUUAUGAACCGGGUAUUCAAACCAUUCUUGGAUGAAUUUGUGAUUGUGUUUAUUGACGACAUCCUGAUAUAUUCACGAUCAGAAGCCGAGCAUGCAGACCACUUGCGAGCUGUAUUGCAGACUCUCCAGGACUACAAGUUAUAUGCUAAAUUCUCUAAAUGUGAAUUUUGGCUAAAUUCUAUAGCUCUUCUUGGUCAUGUUAUUACUGGCAAUGGUAUCAAGGUUGAUGGCCAAAAGAUUGAAGCUGUGAUGACUUGGCCGAGGCCCUUGAAUCCGACAGAGCAAAGUGAUCUUCACACUGGUAAUUUGAAAUUUUCCGCCCUAAUGCGAGGGGAAACUAUUGCAAUUGCAGGCCUUUCAUUAGGCAAUAUCAGGUGUUGUGACGCAUGUGGUUGUGGUUGUGGAGGUGGGGGUGGUGGAGGCACGUUGUCAUAUUUACCCUGGCCUCGAUGA